AUAUGUCGGAUGCCGAGGAUCUGAGUGAGGACGAAGAGGACGAAGAGGAUGACGGAGAAGACUUGAUGGAAAGCCCACAAAAGCAAACCUCUGCUGUGGACGCUCUUCCCCGCGCAGCCAACGGUCGCGUGAAGACAUCGCGCGGACGGAAUGAAAGGGUCGUUACACCGGAGGAAUGCCGUGCACAUCUGCGCGGCUCUUCGAAAACGAACCCGAGAUGUGCUCGCUGCUCUACGGCAGGCACGGUCCCUUUGCCGCAGUCUCCGCCGAAGGUCUCUCGCUCGCGUCAGCCGAUAUGUUCUUCUGGACGCGGUCCCCGUCGCGCCCACUCGCUUCCGACCCGCAGCGCACAUGGGUGACAAGCUGUUCGAGCAUCCGCAGAACGAGCUGCUGGAGAAGAUUCUCCGGACGUGCUACCGUCUGCGGGAUCAGAAUCUGCAGCUGCGACAAGCAUCGGUGAAGACACCCGAAUUCGAUGAGACCCUGCGCAAGAGGAUAAUGUCUAGUCUGCUGGAAACCUGGUGCAACUCCAAGUCGAUGUGAACAGUUUCAUGGACAGUAGCAAGAAUCCGACUCCCAUGAGGCAGGGCAAGCUGCCACCCGCUGGUGUUAAGCAAGGAUUGGAGAAGAAGGAGGGAUUGUUCCGAAUGCAUAUGAUGGCAAACGUGUCAACUAUGCUGCUCGUUCAGUCAUUCUCCAGAUGUAACAUUGAACCAAACGAGAUCGGCGACAAAUUGACUGUGGAGCAACGCACAGCCAUAGCCAAUCAGCUGCUCACGCCCCAAGAGAACGAGCACGGGGGAACGGCUCGUCGGGGAUUGUACACACGCACACCUGCUAUCAACAAGAAAGUGUAUCGUCAUUUGCGAGAUGGAGACAUGCUUAUCCUCAACCGACAACCGACGCUCCACAAGCCCAGUAUGAUGGCUCAUAAGGCACGGGUGCUGCGAGGCGAAAAGACAAUCCGAAUGCACUACGCGAACUGUAACUCCUACAAUGCUGACUUCGAUGGUGACGAAAUGAACAUUCACUUCCCUCAGAACCAAAUCUCUCGCGCCGAGUCGAUGUUUAUCGCCAACACCGACAACCAAUACCUGGUCCCUACGUCCGGAAACCCACUGCGCGGUCUUAUCCAGGAUCACGUGGUGGCUGGUGUAUGGAUGACCACUCAAGACGCGUUCUUCACUCGGGCAGAGUACUUUCAGCUUCUGUAUGGCGCUUUGAGGCCUGAAGAUGACGUAUACGAGGGCGGAGAACCUCCGAGGCUGGUGACACUUCCGCCGACAAUAUGGAAGCCCCGCCCUCUUUGGACUGGCAAGCAGAUCAUUUCCACUGUGCUGAGGAACAUCACACCAGAGAGGAUGGACGGAUUGAAUCUGAAUGCGAAGACCAAAGUGCCGGGACAUCUCUGGGGUAACGAUUCGAAAGAGGAUAAGGUCAUCUUCAUGGACGGCGAACUGCUAUGUGGUGUUCUCGACAAAGCAGCCUUUGGAGCAUCAGACUACGGCAUGGUGCAUUCGGUGUACGAGUUGUAUGGGUCGGAAGUGGCGGGCAAGCUAUUAGGAAUCCUCAGUCGACUGUUCACCAAAUUCCUCCAACAUCGCGCAUUCACAUGUCGUAUGGACGAUCUCACUCUCACCCCGGAGGGCAAUCGCUGGAGGACGGAUUUGAUCAAGAAGAGCAGCAACUGGGGAACGGAGGCGGCAAUCGAGAAUUUCCCAUCCCUCAAAGACACCCCCAAACACGAGAUCAAGCCCGCUCUCACUUCUCUGCUGCAGGACGUGCUGCGGGAUGACAACAAAAUGGCCGGCCUCGAUAUGACGGUCAAGACGAAGAUGGGCAAACUUACUACGGCCAUCAGCGACGCGUGUAUGCCCACCGGUCUGCAGCGCAAGUUCCCGCACAACAACAUGCAGACGAUGACGCUUUCUGGAGCCAAGGGCAGUGCUGUCAACGCCCGCCAGAUCUCAUGUGCGUUGGGUCAGCAGGAGCUUGAGGGCCGGCGUGUCCCGGUCAUGAUCAGCGGCAAGACGCUGCCGUCGUUCCGACCGUUUGAGACGAAGGCCAUCGCUGGUGGCUAUGUUGCCAGUCGUUUCUUGACGGGAAUCAAACCGCAGGAGUUCUACUUCCACUGCAUGGCUGGUCGAGAGGGGCUGAUCGACACCGCCGUCAAGACAUCGCGUUCAGGCUAUCUCCAACGCUGUCUGAUUAAGCAUCUGGAGGGUAUCCGCAUCCACUACGACAACACGGUCCGGGGAAGCGACUCGUCGAUCUAUCAGUUCCAGUAUGGCGGCGAUGCGCUGGACGUCACCAAGCAGAAACAUCUCCGAGAGUUCCAGUUCAUCGCGCAGAAUGAGCUGUCUUUUGUCAACAUCCUGAACCCCAAGCGACUGAUGGACGACGGUGCCGUCGACUCGGAAAAGGCGUCCAAACUCAUGAAAAAGGUGCUCAAGAAGAAAGGAACAUACGAUCCGGUUCUGUCGCAAUUCAAUCCCAGUCGCUUCCUGGGUAGCACAAGCGAGUCGUUUGCCGCUGCAGUUGACGAUUACGUGAAGAAGAAUCCGGAUGAGCUGCUGUCUGAAAAGGGCAAGGAGCUGCCGUACCAGAGCAGCCGCUCGCUGGUUAAUCCCAAAAACUUCAAGACGCUCAUGAACAUCAAAUACAUGCGUAGUCUGGUCGAACCGGGCGAGGCGGUCGGGCUGCUGGCUUCUCAAGGUGUUGGUGAGCCCUCAACACAGAUGACGCUGAACACCUUCCACUUUGCUGGGCACGGAGCUGCCAAUGUCACACUCGGAAUUCCCCGGUUACGUGAAAUUGUCAUGACAGCGUCGCAAAAGCCCAAGACCCCCUCCAUGUCGAUGACUGUCAGCUCGUCUGCCACACAAGAAGAGAUUGACGUGUUCUGCAAACGGGCAAGCCGUGUCACGCUGUCGCAGGUCGUCGAGAACGUGACUGUACGCGAGCGAUUGACAGUGCAGGGCGAGGCGCGGAGGACCCAGUUCACGGUUGAUCUCACGCUCUUCCCCAAGUCCGAAUAUCAGGAAGAAUACGACAUCGACCCGACGGACAUUCUGGGCUGUUUCACGACCAAAUUUCCACUCACCCUGAAGAAGGAGAUGCAGAACGAGAUGAAGAAGCUCGACGCGGAUCUGAAGGCGCAGAUCAGAGAACUCGGUCAGGGAAAGAAGAGCAAGGAUAAGGAAGGUGGUGGCGAUGAGGACGGCGAUGAAGACGGAGACGAAGUCGCGUCGCGCAAAAAGAGGCCGGCCGAUGACGACGAGGAUGACGACGAGGACGGGGAUGGCGACGCUGACGACGAGAAACGCGCGAGACAGAAGAAGCAGUUAGCCACAUACGAGGAAGAUGAAGACGAAGACGAUGAAGAGCAGGGUGCCAUGAACGACGACGACAUUGAAGCUGCGUAUGCUUCCGAUACAUCGAUGCCGCCUGUACCCAAGACCAAGAAACACACCCCGCUGACGAAAAAAGUCGCAGUUGUUGGUGACGUGUUCCUCCGGAAUAUGACACACGCGACUUCGUUUGACUUCAGCGAGGCGAAGGUCACAUUCCAGCUCGAAUUCAACCCGGACAUGCCCAAGCUGCUUCUAGUCGGGAUUCUAGAACGAACGUGCAGAGCGACCGUCAUCCGACAGAUUCCAGGCAUCAGCGACUGUUUCCAGGUCAAGGAGGAUGGCAAGGGCAAAGGCCCCACUAAAAUCAAGCUCACGACCAACGGCUCCAACUUCCAAGGGUUGUGGUUGUUCAAUUCCGGAGCCGACCAAAGCAUUAUCGAGGAAAACGACAUGUAUUCGAACGACAUCUACGCCAUUCUGAAGACUUACGGGGUAGAAAUGGCCCGUGCGGCCAUCCUGCACGAGAUGUCGUCUGUCUUCGGCGUGUAUAACAUUCAAGUCGACAACCGCCACCUGCAGCUCAUUGCGGAUUAUAUGACCUUUGACGGUGGCUAUAAACCCUUCAAUCGACAGGGUAUCUCAACCAAUCCGUCGCCCCUUCUCAAAGCGUCGUACGAGACAACCGCCGCGUUCUUGAGUGAUGCCACUCUCUACGGUGACUUCGACGAUCUCUCGACACCGAGUGGAAACAUCGUCCUGGGCAGACCGAGUCUGUCUGGAACUGGUGUGUUUGAUGUUGUUGUGCCUGUUGCUGUCGCUGCAUAGAAUGCUACUUAUCUGAAAAAGUACCAUAACUAGUUCUGUACCAUUAUCUUAUCUUAUCUGUAGCCAUUGUGUCCGGGGGCCGCACCAAGUAUCCGGGGUCACGCAUUCAACAUCACGUCGCGAACACCAGAACAAACAGAAAUUUUCACCACGUGUUGACAACGCGUCUCACUAAUUGUCCACAGUCACGUCGAGCCGUUCCAUUGUUCCCGCACCUUUGUUCUUCCCUUCCUCCCUCACCAUCCUCACCCAGACGCGCGCCCAAAUGCCCCGUUCAUCCUCCGCUAGCAAGUCUCGUCAUCCCGGUCCCCUGAAGGACCUGCCUCUCGAGCGAUUCCUUCCACCCGAUCCCAACCUCCCUUCCGCGUCGAAAGGCGGCAUGAAACGCGCGCUCUCGCCGGCCAUUCCCAGCCUGUUCAGCCCGACUAAACGCCGCAUUCUAGUGGACGAAGGGAUCUUCUCUGGUUCGUCAGUAAAGACCCCCGCGCGGCUCCGCGCUCUUCCCGUCGGUAGUCCGGUCAAGAAACUCGAUCUCGGUCUGGGAUCGCCACACGGGGGUGCCUCGUCGUCACUUUUCCUGUCUUCGCCACGCACGACGCGUCGCUCGAGCGCGUUGGACGCGGCUCGCACGUUGUCUUCUGCAGCACCAGCGCUGGUCCCCGGCAUCGACUCAUCUUUCCCCGUGUCCUCCUCAUCUUCCUCAUCCGCGGCCGACUUCAUUCCCGGUGAACUGCGCAAGAUCCCACGCGAGGUUCCACCGGCGGUCGAUCCUCAGUCGGUUCACUACCCCGGCUUUGUGGUGUGCCAGGACGCGUACGUGCUCGUUGGACCCGUCGCGCCCAUGUGUCCCCCGUCACCUCAGAAGGAUGAGGCCAAAGAGAAUGCGGCACCCCGGCGCGCUGCCAAGGCGGGACGCAAGUCUACUUCAACGGACUCGCUGGUGCUCGGUGGCGACCUCAGCACCAAGACACCGCGUCCGGCCAAGUUGCGCGCGUCGCUGACCCCAACGCCCCGACGAGUGACGCGGUCGUCGCAUACACCCGUGCUGCCGGACGACGAGCGCAAGGCCCUGCGGCGCAUGAUGGAGGAGGAGGCGGAUGGGAACCAGACCGACGACGACGACGACGAGAUGAUUUUGGCGUAAAUCCCACCCGCCGAAAUGGUGGCCGGCUUCGAACCGGUCGGCGCUGCAACUCGCUCUCCUGCACAGUGCACCAUCUUUCCAGUCCCUGACAUCGCUACACCCCUGCAUCUUCUGCAUCUCUAACCCCCGGCCCUUUAUCUAAUUGUUUGUAUAUAACUUAACACUGCGACGACUUUUUACGACACUUUUCCUCUUCUCCUCCUGCUUGAUCUAUUUUUACGCCCCCCCCUCUUGAUUUGUAUGUAGGAACAUCUUUUUACUUAUAAGUACAAAGCACAGGUAGUUUACCGUCCCCAAUCGUAUUCGAUGCGGCCUGGCCUGGUCCAGGUCAUGGGAAGUCUGCA